UAGUUCCCACUGUGACUCUACUCUCUCUAGGUAUCCCCAGAAGAAGAUCUGGAUUGAAAAACCUAUCAGUCCUACAGUCAAAAAGCUGGCAGAAGAAUUUUCAGAUAAACUUCUCUUUUUAGAGGAAGAACUUGGAGGAUUCCAUGGAAAAUUGAUAAGGGAUCUGGAAUAUGAGACAAUGAGGAUCAUCCUGAAUUUUCAGACAGUUAAUGGCUACAUCUCAGUAUCUCCGAAUGGGAAGAGUAUAAUAUUUACUGGUUUGUGGGUGAACAAAUACCAAUAUGGUCAGCAAUUUGAUCCUGAACCUGGUGUGCUGGGCAGUAAAGGCUUCACCUGGGGCGAAGUGUACUGGGAAGUGAAAGUGGAUAGGAUCUGGUGGGGAGCAGAGGAGGAAGCAGCAGCAGUGGGAUACAGGGUGGCCAGAGGUAGGAGUGGCAGUAGCUGUCUUGGUGCAUUCUUAGGCAUCGCUGCUGGGUACAGUUCUCCUGUAUAUAGAAAUGAGGAUGAAGAGUUGUGGAGGAGGAAUGGUUUCAGGAAAAUAUGGCCAAAAUUCUGCCUAGUGAGGCUGGCAAGAGAGUCAGUGGUGAGAAGAGGAUUUCUCAACUUCACCCCUGAGGAGGGAUUCUGGACUCUGCAGCUGUCUUCAGCUGGGGUCUAUAUAUGUACUAGUCCUGAGCCUUUCCAGAUCCUAACCUACUGUCCAAGGCAAACUGGAGUUGCUUUGGAUUAUGAUGGAAGGAAGGUAACCCUUACCAGUGCUCGAACUCAACAGUGUAUCUAUGAAUUCUCAUUUUCCUUCACUGGGAGAAUUUUUCCUUUCUUAUGGCUUAAUUGCAUGAGAUCCAGACUUACACUGAAACCCUGA